UGUCGCAGCUCGUUUUCUCCGUGUGAAGGGAGACACCAUGACUAAACAGAUCCUCAAAAAGAUCCUGGAUGAUCUGAAUGAUGAGGAGCUGUCUGAUUUCCAGUGGUCCCUGCAGCAGCCCAACAUUGUUCCAGGCCUCGAAGCCAUCAGAAAGAGCCAACUACAGACACUAGACAGGCGUAACACUGUGGAUGUGAUGGUACAGACUUAUGGACUUCAGAGAGCUGUGCAGGUGACCAGAGUGAUUUUAGAGAAGAUCCCCAGGAAGGAUCUGCUGCAGAGGAUUCCUACCAGCAGCUCAGGACCAGAAGUGCCUGUCAGUGAUGUUGGAGAACCUUCAGAGAACAGAGAACCUUCCUCCUCUCAGACUCAGCCUCCUCUUCCUCAGACUGAAGCAUUUCCACCACUGGUGCACCCUUCCAUGAAUUAUUCCAACUCCUCUGUUGAAAACUCCUCUGGAAAGCAGACAUCUCUAACUACAAACACACAUACUGAGGGUUUGGGAACAUAUCCCAUGAAUUCAUCAAAGAGAGGCAUCUGCUUGAUAAUUAACAACGACAACUUCUAUAAAUCCAAAGUGCCUUUAAAUAAUCGAAAGGGAACCAUGGUUGAUGGAGAGUGUCUGCAGAAGGUGUUUGAGUGGCUGGGCUUUGAGGUACAGACACACAACAAUUGUGACAAGAGGAAGAUUCUGUCUCUGGUAUAUGAGCUCAGCAGAACAGAUCACCGUCAGAUGGACUGUUUUGUAUGCUGCGUCCUCAGCCACGGCCUGGAAGGAGCUGUGUGCGGUGUAGACGGGGAAAAAGUCAUGCUCAAAGAGCUGACUGACCUCUUUGAUGGAUCAAACUGCCCCUCGUUAGCAGGAAAGCCCAAGCUGUUUUUCAUCCAGGCCUGCCAGGGCCUCGUCAGGCAGAGGGCUGUCCCCAUCGAGGAAGAUGGUGGGACACCCAGUGGUAUUUGUAGCGAUGCUGUAAGAGCCACAGUCUACAUCCCUACCCAGGCGGAUUACCUGCUGGGAAUGUCCACUGUGCCUUUAUGUAUCUCCUUCAGAGACAAGACAGAAGGGACAUGGUUCAUUCAGUCGUUGUGCCAAAACCUUGUUCAGAUGGUGCCCAGGGAGUAUCACCUCAUGGAUAUCAUGAUAAAGGUGAAUGACGAUGUUAGCAAGAAGUUCACUGUCAAAGACAACAUUUUAUGCAAGCAGAUGCCUCAACCAUCCUUCACACUCAGGAAGAAAGUGGUGUUUCCGGUACCCAAAGCCUCUCCUCCAAAUCUUUCUGCUCUCACAACAAAUGAUUUCUGAGAAAUGAGCGUACUUCUUUGAAAUGACAUUUUUUUAAUCUGCUGGACUUUUUUUUAAGUGAUGAGGUGUUGACAAAAGCCCAAAAAGGCUUGUAAGCAGUGUAGGCUUGUCCCACUGUUUUCUGAGGUUUGUGUGACGUGUUGGUAUGAUGCUCAGGUACACACAAAUCUCAACUGCCAUACUCGUUUUAAAGCAUUGUGAAAAUAAGCACUUCAGUGUGAUUUUUUUUUAUCUUUGUAGUGAUGAACUGAAUCAAUGGAAUAGAGGUGGUUCACAUGUAUAAAUACCUGAGUGUCUGCAUUGAUGACUCUCACUUUCAAGCCACAUGUGGAGAAACGUGUGACGAAGCUGAGGCUAAAAUUGAGUUUUUAUUUUUGAAACAAGUUAUGUUUUUCUUUUAGUGGUGCAACUUUUUGUCUGUGUUGGAUUCCAGAGAUCUUUUUUAUAUGAAUGCUUCUGCUCAAUGUUUUUGAAUGGUUGACACUGUUUACCACACUUCUUUGAGGUUUAUUACAAACUCUAAAGUGUCAGAGCACCACUGUCAGUUAUACCCUCAGGUAGGACGGCCAGCUUUAGACACCAGAAGGAUCCGUCAUUGGUAUAUUCUCAUAUACGAGACAAUACUUGGACUACUGAACUCCUACAUUUGCUCUUUAACUGCACAGAAAAGUUGUGAUCUUCUUUCACUCCAUUCACAAGAUCAUUUGUUGCUUUCUGUUCCAUAUGUUCGUACUGAAUUGGGCUAAAAGGCUUUUGUUUCCUCUGCACCGUCUGCCUGGACUAUGUUGUAGAAAGACUGGAAACUAACUGAGAGAAUCUCACUGAGUGCUUUGAAAUCUAAACUGAGAGUUCUUAAGGUUGUUUCCACAACAUCCACUUGUUUUUCAGAAUUUGCUUGUAAAUUUAAGUAAUUUUUUUUUUUUUUUGGGGGGGGGGGUUUGUUCAUAUUUUAAUUCUGUUUUAACUGUACUUUUAUAACUUUGUAUCUGCCGCUGCCUAUCUUGGCCAGGACUCCCUUGAAAAAGUGGUUUUUAAUCUUAACAGGAUUUCUCCUGGUUAAAAAAGUUUAAAUUAAAAAAUUGAAAAAAUUGACAUUUGAUGCAACAACAAAUACUGAAAACAAAACUGAUUGUAGUUGUAACCUUAUGAUUGAAGCUGCAUCACGGCUGAUACUUCACACAGUCAAACCAUCCACACCCUUAUUUUCUCCCACUUUGGGCUCUGUAAAUCACCUGCCUCAGGGAUGCAACAUUACCCAUUUAUUUACAUUUGAUGCAGAACAGCAGCGAGGAUACUCAGAAACACUCGAUGCACAGAACAGUUCCACUUCUGACUAAAUUACGCCUGCUCCAUAUAUGUUAAAAAUGACUACUACACCUUAUUAAUCAUUUUCUGAGGAUUUAACGGUGCCCUUUGAAAUGUUUUCUUGUAUUUUCUAACGUUGGAUUAUUAAUUUUAUGCUUUGUUGGUGCUCUUUUUUAAUAAAAUACCUUUUAACUUUUGAA